AAACCAGGCGUUCCUUUUCCAGCAGAUAGCUGAGCGAGACCAUCAGAAGCGAGUGGCGGAGGAGAUGAAGAACCGUCAGAAGGCGGCAGCCCAAGCAGCCGCUGAGGAGUACCGCCAAGCGGAGCGGCGUCGUGCCCAGGACCAGAAAGCCCGCAAUCUGCAAAACCGCCUGGAGCUCGAGGGCCAGAUGCGCUCAAAGAAGAUGAUGCAGACCCUGCGGGAGGACGAGAUGAGCGGAGCCGAGAAGGCGAUCAACCGCCGGUAUGUCAUGGACAGCAUCCAUAAGAUUGAUGAAGGCUUAAGCCCUCGCGAGUGAGGGGGCGCGGAAGCAGAGUGUGUGAUGGGGCAUGCCAGGCACCACUAAGAAUUCCAGGUUGCAUCUCCUGAUGCAACAGAAGCAGUGGCGGCAAAUAGGGCGUAUGCCUGCCCCAGCACCAAAGAAGCCAGUCAGGAAAUCCGAGGACAGAGCACUCGGCUUUUCAGUGCGCGCUGGCGCUAGCCUAGGAUCCCUGACGUUUAAGCCUCAGGGUGUUCCAAACUCUGGCUUGCAACUUGAGCGCCGAAAUUCAGGCGCUCAAAAAUGCGAAGUCACUGAAAUGGUUCAUUACUUGGAGGGACCUGUGCAGAAGGCCAGUCAGCGUUGGC